AUGUCCGCGUUCGCCGGCUUCGAGUCGCAGGCGCAGCCCUCGCAGAACCAGACGCUGUCGGCCCUGCUCAACCGCGCCGACGCCCUCUCUCGCGCGUUCAACGGCCACCACGCCUCGUCGUUCCAGUCGGUGCAGGUCAUCGCGUCGGCCUUCUCGCAGCUGCAGAACCUCCUCGCCCUCCCCGCGACCCCGGUCACCCGCUCCCGACCCGAAGGCGGCAUCCGCGAGCGCGGCAUGGUCAAGGUGCAGGAGACGAUCGAGGAGACGCUCGGCGCCGUGAGGGACGACCUCGGCCGCAUGGAGCGCGACGUCGAGCAGCUCAACAGCCUCCUGUUCGACGCCGACCUGUUCCUCGCCCAGCCGCAGAGCGCGCUCCAGCACGGCCUCAACCCGAGGGAGGCCCUCGUCCAUGUCAGCGGCCUCUUUGCCCAGUACCAGGCCGAGAUGAUCCGGCUCCGGGAGGUGCUCGCCGACUUUACGACCGAGGAAAUCGGCGUCGAGCAGCUCGUCGACGAGUGGAAGUGGCAGAGCUGA